AGGGACGCUCGGCGGCCGCGACGGGGGGCGCUGGCGGCGGCGGACGCUGCAGCGGCGGCGGCGGGGCUGGCGCCGCGGCGGCUCCCGGGCCGGGACGGGCCUGGGCAGCGGGCGGCAGCAGCGCGGAGUGGGCACGGCGCCUGCAGCAGGGUUCUGGGCCCGGGGCCGCCGCCUCUGCCAGCGGCUUCUGCACGCCCCUCCAGGCCGGCCUGCCACUCCUCCUACUAUGAUGCCUGGGCAGAUCCCAGACCCUUCAGUGACCGCAGGCUCUCUGCCAGGGCUUGGCCCCCUCACCGGACUUCCCAGCUCUGCUCUGACCACAGAGGAGCUGAAAUACGCUGACAUCCGCAACAUUGGGGCGAUGAUUGCGCCCUUACACUUCCUGGAGGUGAAACUGGGCAAGAGGCCCCAACCUGUGAAGAGUGAGCUAGAUGAGGAAGAAGAGCGAAGGAAAAGGCGCCGAGAGAAGAACAAAGUCGCUGCGGCCAGAUGCCGGAACAAGAAGAAGGAGCGCACGGAGUUCCUGCAGAGGGAGUCGGAGCGGCUGGAACUCAUGAACGCAGAGCUGAAGACCCAGAUCGAGGAGCUGAAGCUGGAGCGGCAACAGCUUAUCUUGAUGCUCAACCGUCACCGCCCCACCUGUAUCGUGCGCACAGACAGCGUCAGGACGCCCGAAUCCGAAGGCAACCCACUGCUUGAGCAGCUGGACAAGAAGUGACUGAAGGCCUGGAGGAGAGGCCUCAGAGGAAGAGGAGGAAGGGGAGGAGCAGCAAAGCGGAAGAGGAGCAGAGUGAUGGAGGGCCCUCCCAGGCACAUGACAAACUCUAUGAUGAGGCUUAGCAUAACUGGCCUCCAGCUGGCUCCUUUUUGAAACUCAGCCCAGCCGCACAAGAGCAAGAGCGGACUGAAGAAACCAGAGGGACCAGGUGCUGAGACCAAGGUUGACCCGCAGAUAGGGGCUGUCCCACUCCAGGGCCCAGCUUGAAGGGCACCUGAGCCAGAGAGGUGCCAAACCAGGUAGCCGUCUCAGACACUCCUUUGGCCUCUCCGCCAAGACCCCCCACCCAGGGGACUACUGAGCAGCCAAGGAAAGCCAUGCAUUGCAAACACAGUGUGGCCGCGGAUGGAACUCAGCAUAGAUUGUAAUCCCAUUCCCCAGCCCUGCCCAAGCCCGGUGGAAAGGGGGUGCACUGUGGGGGCUGCGACGGCCCAGCUGGAGUUUGCUGUGGCACAGAGGCGCGGGCGCCCUUCCAAAGCACACACUCAAUCAAUGAAUGUUUACAGACUGGCUGUCCUGGCGGGGCUUCCAACUGCACACAGUUUUUAUACUUUCUUUCUUUCUUCUUCUUCUUCUUCUUUUUUUUUUUUUUUUUAAUAUUUUUUACAAAAAAAAAAGAUUUUAUACGAGCAAUAUAUAUAUAUGGAUUUCUAUAAUCACUCGAUGUGACACAGUACAAAUAUGCUAUGGUCUGUUGUUAUGGACAUCCACCCACCAGUUACGGCCAUUGUAAUUCCUAAGUACUGUAGGCUCUGGGUGUUGGGGGGUGGCCAGGCGGGUGGUGUGCAUUUCCAUCCUUGUAACCCCUUCCCGCUACUCAGUCCUGUAUCUCUCAGUAAACAUUGCUCUUAAUUACCCA